GAGGAAAGCCUCUAGCAGAAGAAGCAGUAUCUGAUUGGUGUAGAGGCGAUCAUGUGGGUUCUCUCCCGCCCCCGCUGCGCCGCCGUCUGCGCCACCGCUCUGCUGUGUCAGAAGAAGCAAACCGCUGCCGGCUACAUGGCCAGUGCGGGUAAGGUGGGCAGCGAGGAGAAGUGGGCGCACGCCGCGAUGGAGUACAUCCACGAGAAGAACCACGUCAACGACGCCCGCAAGCGGCAGCAGGACGUCGACCAGGAGCGCAGCAUCGCCAGCGCGUACGACCGCUACUCGGCUGUGGCGGAGGCGAAGUUCGACGCACGGAUGGCCGCGUUGGUUUCCCGCAUGUCCACCGCAUUGGAAGAGAUGCAGAAGCUCGGGCUGGACAACUGUGUGGAAGAGGCGGUACUCUUAAACUCAGAGCAGCCCCCCGGUAGCUACCGCCGCCCCUCAUUAACUCCUCCCUUGCUGGGCUACGAGCCGGGUUUUGGCCUGGACGUGCCUCAGCUGCGCAGUCAGCAGGCAGAAUACCCGCCGGUGCGGCGGCCAACCGAUACGUUGGAGUUUGGCGCGCAAGAGGCGGCGGAGUUUCCGUUUGUGGAUGCGCAUCAAAUCGAGGACCUCGCCACGAAGCUCGAGGCGCAGGUGGAGGAGCAGCAUGGGACGCUGCGUGAGGCCGCCCCGAUCACGGGGGUCGAGGGAGAGGCGUGGGAGGCGUACGUGGCCCUGCAGCGCAAGGCACUUGCGCGGCAGCAGCUGAUUAUGGAUCUGCACAACGAUCCCGAGCUGCGAAAGAAGUACGACGCCGAUGAAGAAUUUCGUGUGGCGGAGUGGGAGCGGCGCGGGAUGGGUGUGCUGGAGGUGGAAGCCCCGCUGGCCCGAGAUGUGGAACUGCACUACGCACAGGCACCCGCCUACGUGGCAUUCCGCUCUCACUAA